UUACUCUUAUUGGUCAAACUGAAUGCCCUGCGAAAUUGCAUUCACUUCAAAAGUAGUAUAAACUACUGUUGAUAGUAUUAAUAAUUGCUGCUUCCGUCGCCAUAACAUCAGUUGGAAUGCCUCUGUCGCUGAAGUGACAAUAAUGAAGAAAUAUAAAUCUUACCUGGACUCACAAGAUAAUGAGAUUCCAAAAACGACAAAUCACCGCUUUAAGAAGUUGGCUGCAAAUAAAGAGGUAUGUUUUAUUUGAAUGUUUUUUUAGUUAAAUAUUAUUUUCCAGCACAGUUUGAAAAUUGUAGCCAGACUUGCAACAAAUUAUAUAUAUUAUUUUCUUUAUUCUGCAUGGUAUUCCUGCUACAUACAACAUGCUGUAUUUGCACGUCUGUCUGUGGUACACAGUAUUUCUACAUCUUUGUCAUUUUCUUUUUUGCAGAAUUCACGCCGAGGUGGUUACAAAGACUAUGUGUGCUGCAAUGAUUCUGAAUUACCAAGAACAACUGAAUACAGGAGAAGGAAAAAACUGCUCCCAGUCAAUUUCAAUAACAAUGAGUCCAGCAAGGAAAAUAACAAUGUUCAUUAUACUCAGUGCCCAAGACCAGCAAAGCGAUUCAAAUCGGAUAACCAAGAGCAGGAAAUACUUGAGUGGAGUGUUAAUGAAGUGACUACUAAUGAUAGCAGAGGGCUGCCUCACCUGACCAAUUUGUGCCAGUCUCCUGAGAUUCAUCAUCAGGAAGCCGACUUACACUCUCAGACAAUUAAGGACAGGCCUGAUAUUGUCUGUGGUGGACACCAAGAGUAUACUGAUUUGCAACUAGCACCUGAGAUACCUCACCUGAACCAAGGACCAAGCUCAAAUCCAUCGCAGGGAUCAGAGGUGGAUGAGCUACUUUACCCAGGAGCACCUGUCUCCAGAGGUCAGAGUAUGAUGCUUUUAAUGUCCUUUAUUUUGAGACACAACCUCUCAGGGACAGCUCUGGAAGACCUCCUCAAGUUGUUUAAUGAACAUUUCCCAGGAACUGUGCCAGCUACUUCUUACCUAUUUCAUAAAGCUUAUGGUCAGUUUGGACAAUAUGAAUCACAUUUUUACUGCUCUGGAUGCACAAACUAUAUAGGUAAGGUUAAUGGUCAGACACAGUGUUCUGUAUGUCACAUGACGUUUGAUGCAGACAAAAAUUUAAAAAACGGGUCGUAUUUUCUGGUUUUAAAAUUAUCUGGACAAAUUAAGGACAUUCUGGAAAGUCCGAAGAAUACUUUAGAGAGAAAAAUGUCAACUAAUGGCAUUAUAAAUGACAUAAAUUCAGGAAUGGAGUAUGAAAAGCUAAUCAGGGCUGGUAAAAUUGAUAAAGAGGAUGUGAGUUUAUUGUGGAACUGUGAUGGUAUCCCAGUUUUCAAGAGCUCAAAGUCUCAGCUAUGGCCCAUUCAGUGCCAGAUCAUUGAACUGGAUCCAAAAGAACGGAAAAAUAAUAUCUGCAUUCCUUGUAUUUGGUUUGGAGAGAAGAAACCUAACAUGGCAACUCUGUUAACUCCAUUUGUUGAUGAGCUUCAAGAACUGGAGCAAACUGGAAUCAAAUGGACAGACACACAGAACGAGCAACAUUCAUCUAAGGUGCAUGCCCUGAUCUGUAGUUCAGAUUCAGUGGCUCGUCCCCAAAUUCGAAACACAAAGCAAUUUAAUGGCAUAUAUGGCUGUGACUUUUGCUAUCAUAAGGGUGGGAGAUCAUACUCUUACACAUGUCCUGAACUGUCAUGGUUCCACCUCUCCUUGUCAGGUAUUUCUUGGUUUAGAGGUGGAAUCAUACAGAAUCCUCUGUUUCAUGUGGGAGAGAGACGAUUUCAUCUCUCUCUUGUCUCGUCAUCGUUCCUACCCUCCUGUUCCCUAGUUUGUGUUGAUUAGCUUUCCUUGAUUGUAAUCCCUUGCACCUGUUCCCUCUUGUUAUCUUCCCUAUAAGAGUCCUCACGUUUCAUUGUCUUGUGCGCGUUCAUUGUAAGUGUUACCUUGCAUGUUUUAGACGUGUCUGUAUGCUGUAGAUGUUUACCUUGUUCCUGAUGAGGUCUUGCCUGGUUCCUGUUAGUCAUUGUUCCUUGUAUGCUGUUUAUCAACCCUGUGUCUAGUAAGUCUUAGUUUAGUGUUUGUUCCCAGUGUUUGUUUUGUAGUUUAGUAAGUUAGUGUCCUUGUUAAAGUUUAUAGUUUCUCCUGUCUUGUUUUCCCCAUUGUGGGUUUUGUUUUGCCUGUUUUGUCUUGUUAUUUGUAAUAAAUAGAUCUGUUUACCCCUUCACCUCCUGUUGUCCUGCCUUGCAAUUGGGUUCCCAUUGAGAUUCAUAACACUGAACCAUCUCUCAGAUGCGAAUCUGAGCAUUUUCAACAUGCUAUGGCUGCAACUCCUCAGCAGCCUGUAAUGGGAGUGAAAGGUCCCUCUCCUUUAAUGAAACUAGCAAACUUUAAGAUGGUUAAUGGGUUUGUGCCUGAAUACCAGCACAGUGUUUGCCUAGGAGUAACACGGCAGCUAAUGACAUUAUGGCUGGAUUCAACUAAUCAUGACAAACCAUGGUACCUUGGCACAAAAUCCGAAGUCAUUGAUAAGCAGUUACUAUCAAUCCACCCUCCAGUAGAGUUAACUAGAGUUCCAAGAUCUGUAAAAGAACGUAAAUAUUGGAAGGCCUCUGAAUGGAGAUCGUUUCUCCUGUUCUAUGCUUUACCAGUGCUUUGUGGUGUUCUUCCUAAGAAAUACUGGAACCAUCUUUUCCUUCUUGUUUUUGGUAUAUAUUCUCUGCUUCAGGAAAAUAUAUCAAUGGUUGAGGUUGAUAGGGCAGAGAACGCACUAAAGAAAUUUGUUAGGGAAUUUGAGAAGUUGUAUGGCAAAGAAAAUAUGACAUUUAAUGUGCACUUGAUGACACACAUUUCUGCAAGUGUGAGAAACUGGGGACCUUUGUGGGCUACAUCCACCUUUUCUUUUGAGUCUUUUAAUGGCACACUCUUGAAGUUCUUUAAUGGAACCACACAUGUCCAACAACAGAUAGUCAAGAGAUUCCUCAAAUGGAGAGACCUUACAACCAAGGCUGACAAGCACAUGAAGAAUGCCAAAGACACAGUCAAAAAACUGUUCUAUCAUAUGCAGAACAGCAUCCAAGAAACAGCAAAAUCAGCACAACUGUCAGAGAAAGUUCGGGUUUUUGGUAAUCCUCAUUUAGUGACAAUUCCAGUACGGCACAUCCUUGCUAUAGAGGAUCUCUUUGGUAUCAGGGUACAGCAAGGCCUUUAUUAUGAUCGUUUUCUUAUUGACGGUGUACUUUAUCACACAGAAACUUACACAAGGCUUCAAAAAAGAAACAACUCUGUUGUAGAAUUAGCUGAUGGCACGUUAUGCACGAUUCUGAGCAUUGUGGCAUUUAAUCCUAAAGGUUGUAACGAACAAAUGAGUUGUGUUUUGGUUAAGGAGCUUUGUAGGUCUGGAAGACAGCUUUGUAGGGAUUCGGACAUUAACAUAUUUUCCAAGUUUAUCCAUGAGGUUAAAGUGUCAAACACUAUUUACGCAGUGCGUACACUGUCUUUAAAACGGAAAUGUGUUAUGAUUGAGUUGAAAGACAAAAAGUAUGUCAUAGCUCUGCCAAAUAAUAUUGAAAGAGACUGAAAUGAUUUCAGUUAUAUUACUGAAAGACUUUAAUUAAUUAAUUUAUAGUAUAUGUAAAAUGCUUUAUCAUUUUUUUCUAUUGGCCAUUCAUGUGUAGAGCACAUAAAUUGUAAACUUUAAGAUUUAUUUUUUUGUUGGUGUGUAUAUGAUGUUUUAUACUGUUGUGGGGAAAAAUGGGAACUAAGGUUCGGAUUCAAGUUUGAACUGGAUUUUUCAAACUGGCUGUGUGAUUUAAAUAUUGAAAGUCAUGAUGUUAAAUGAAAGUGUCUUGAG